UGGUGCCCCGCUUGUUCACAAUUUUGUUUGGCAUCCAUGAUAAAGAUUUGCCAACAAUUAAAAUUAGGAAAAUCAUAGUUUACUUUGAAGGUUCAUUAUCUAGGCGAAAUAAUUUUAUACACAAUUAAACGCGAAAAUUGUGCUAAGUGGUUUCUCGUCUAUUUAGUUGAUAAUCGAUAAAGUUUAAAAGAAAAAUGAGCCUUAAUGAUAAAAGUGACGGAAUUUCUAGAGAAGAAUGGCAAUCGAGAUUGGAAACGUUUCCUUUCAAACAAGACGAUAUUAAUAAGCUCAUUAUGAACUAUUUAGUCACAGAGGGUUUCAAGGAAGCGGCAGAAAAAUUUCAAGCAGAAUCUGGUGUGGAGCCAUCCGUUGAUUUAAGCUCUUUAGAUAAUAGAAUAUUAAUACGAGAGGCGGUACAGAACGGCCGAAUACAGGAGGCAACACAUCUUGUAAAUCAGUUACACCCGGAGCUGCUCGACAAUGAUCGCUAUCUGUAUUUCCAUCUUCAACAAUUACAUCUGAUUGAACUAAUUCGUGCUGGCAAAAUUGAAGAGGCCUUGACGUUUGCCCAAACGCAGAUUUCCGAAGCAGGCGAAAGUAAUCCCGAAGUCCUAAAUGAACUGGAACGGACACUUGCACUUUUAGCUUUUGAAAAACCUCAGAAUAGUCCAUUUGCGGACCUCCUCGAUCAGACACACCGACAAAAAGUGGCUAGUGAGUUGAAUGCAGCAAUACUCAAAAUGGAACACCAGGAGCAGUCCAGUCCUCGUAUGAUCAACGUUCUUAAACUGAUCUUAUGGGCUCAAGCCGAACUAGAUCGGAAAAAUGUUAAGUACCCAAAAAUGAUUGAUUUAGCAACGGCUACAAUUGAUCCGAAAUAAAACUACAAUUAGAAUUACGAAACGUUGAUCAACUAUUUUCUGCUUAAUAUUGGAAUAUUAAUCUGAUUUUAUGGUUUCAUUUAUGUUCGAUAAGUACAUGCAAAUCGAUUCUAUUGGAAAUGCUAAGAGUGUAGAAUAAAACUGAGAAUUUCGUCAUAUUACAAGGCAUUAUAAAAUGCAUAUUUCAUUUAAAAGCUCAUAAGUUUCAUGUUUCCAUAUCCUUGACGUCAUCUCUAAAAGUAUGCAAUGAGUGGCUCAAUGUAACCAUAAGGUAACAAAUCGGAAAUUUCUAACAACAUUUUCUCUAUAAACCGCUGAAUAUUGUGCACUUAAGUGAAAUUUUCAUCAAAAAUAAAGCCGUAGUAUUUAUUGGA